AAAGAGAUUUCUGGAAGCUGUGUUUUUAUUUCGUUUGAACUCGUCUAAAACACUUCAUGUUCUUCGUCUCGGCAUAAUAUAAAAUCAAAGACUGUUUGUUCAGAGUGUAAGGCUGUUUUAGAUUCUUUGAUCCUAAACUUUAAGAAAUGGUGCUGAUUGAACCUCACCCUACUGAUGAGCAACCGCAGCAACAACAACAACAACUAGAAGCCACGAAAGCCACAUCUUUAACAUCAUCUGAAACGACACGGGGUUCUACUGCCGCCGCUGUAUCAGAAAAUGCCAACGGAGGAGAUGCUGCCUCAGAUGGAUUCGAAACAGCUAGCGAACGUGACGUCAGCGACAACGAAGAAGACGACCGCGCUGGCGAUAAACAGCCACCCCAACAGAGGGGUCCCGAUUCUUAUCAAGAUGCCUUAAACGACGAGCAACUGAAAGAGAAAGCUUUGGCACAAGCAAAUGAUGCAAAAACAGAAGGAAAUAAAUUGUUCGGAAACGGCCAAUACCAGGAGGCCUUGUUACAGUAUGAGAUUGCUUUGCAAGUUACGGCGGAGAUGCCUUCGGCCACUGAAAUUCGUUCCAUUUGCCAUUCAAAUCGGGCUGUUUGCUUGCUGAAGCUGGGUAAUUAUGAGGAAACCAUCAAGGAAUGUAAUAAAGCUUUGGAACUUAAUGCUUCUUAUAUGAAAGCUCUUGUUAGACGCGGAGAAGCUCAUGAAAAGCUUGAACAUUUUGAAGAAGCUAUUGCUGAUAUGAAGAAGAUAUUGGAAUUGGAUCCUGCUAAUGACCAGGCUCGGAAGGCCAUUCGUCGCUUGGAACCAUUGGCCGCAGAGAAAAGAGAAAAGAUGAAAGAGGAGAUGAUUGGAAAGCUAAAAGAAUUGGGCAACUCUGUUCUGGGUCGUUUUGGGAUGAGUAUUGACAACUUCAAAGCUGUCAAAGAUCCAAACACUGGCUCUUAUUCUAUAUCAUUCCAGAAUUGACAUCGUCACUACCCACAAGCAACAUGUGAGAGAAAAAUGAAGGCAGCCUUUAGCAUGACACAAGAUAUGCGGGCUUGGAAUUUUUUUAUGCUGAAUAUUUCUUUGCAAGUAGACUAGGCAAUUUGUGUCACGUUCAUAUAUUUUCUCGAUAUCCUAGUUGUUUUGUGUUAUUUUAUGUUUAUAUACCUUUUGACUAGUUAAUAAUGCAUUAUAAGGAUUUUGGCA